AUGAAUGAGUAUACGUUUGAUGAUGACGGCAACCCCAUCAUGCGGACUUUUGGAGCUCCACAUAAGAACUUAUUUGCAGAUGUCGAGGAUAUCACAAAUAUUUUCGAUGUCGAUGGCGAUGGUUUCGAUGUUACCCUCUCGAUGGCGGAGGCGACUCUCAGCUGGAUAAGUGUCAAUCCAAACAGAGCUCGAAAAUCCAAGGGAAAAAGAUUAUCUCUAUUCCGAUCUUCUAAGUCUGCCCUCCCAAACACGGAAACACUGGAACUUCACCAUGUUCUUGGUGUGAAAAUAAAACGUCGAAAAAAGGGUCGGAAGGACGGUGAUGGAAUGUGUCUAGGAUUUAUUGUAUACACGUAUGAAUGCUUUGGACCAAACACGUUACGAGAAAGGGUUAUAGAAUUUGAACAUCCUAGUGAAAAUCUGUGUACAAAGUAUAGCGAAAGGAUAUCCAACUACAUCAGAGAACUUCCUGGUCGACCACAGUCAGUGAAGCUGUUUAUGCAAAUUCUAGCCGGACAUCACUUGAGUAAAGAGUUAUACAAAAACAAAGUCUUGCCUCUGCUUCAAGCAGCAGGUGUUGAUGUAGAUUGUGUGGAAAUACAACAUUCUGAAUAUAUCAAACAAGAAAUGGUGCACAUCAAUUUGGAUGAUUAUGACUGCAUUGCUUGUAUGGGAGGCGAUGGUACAGUCAACCAAGUGGCUACAGGUUUGAUGAACAAGAUUCAGGCAAUUAAUGAUGUGGAGAUCAAGUACGGCUUCACCCCAGUCGCCUGUAAUGUUCCUCUGUGUAUCUUUCCAACAGGAACAACAAACCAGAUUGCUGGAUCUGUCCUUGGUAUUGGUGAUACUGUUACGGCAGCUAUUCAUAUGAUUCUAGGUAACUACAGACAGGUGGAUAUAUGCUCAGUUUAUUAUGAGGAGAAGUUGUUGAAGUGGUCAUUUAUAUCCCAAUACGGCUUUGCAGGAAAUGUGCUUAACAUGUACAAUCGAUAUAAACCGAAGUUGGGUGUCAAAGGUCUGGACGCUGCAGUGUUAAAAUCACUCACCAAGUCAAAACUGAGGCCGUAUGAAUGUGAGGUUGAGUACAUUCCAGCAGACCCCUUACCCCACGCUGGAGAUAAGAAUAUGGACAAUGAGUUCUUAACUUGUAGGACAGGGUGUAAUAGAUGCUGGACAGAGGUUAUUGAGGAAACUCCAAGUGUUACCCAUGACACACAGGUACAAGCAUUCGACCCUCUCAACACCUCCAACAACAGCGAAAGUUUCAUGGAUCUAGCCAAUUUAGAAAGUCCGUGGAAGACAUGCAAGGGUUCAUUCCUCAAUGUGGGACUGUUCUGUAUUCCCGGCAACGGUGAAAUGGCUCCUGAGGGCUUAGAUAAAUUCUGUCAUCUGUGUGAUGGCUCCAUGAAUUUAAUCAUGGUAAAGAAUACAUCACGCAAGGAUUUUGUUAGGUUUUUAAAACGACACAGCAAUUCCAAAAAUCAGUUUGCAAUGCCAUUUGUUGAGAGGGUCCGCGUAAAAGAAGUACGAUUUAAACCACGAUCACGGACAACAUGGAACUACAAGGAUCACUCUUACAGUGAGAUAGAGUACAGAGAGUCUGCAGUCAAACACAGGCGUGGAACAAUACAAAGUAUGGAUGUUCUGGAGAUUGCAGAUGAACGGACAACUCCCAAGCACCGUCAUACACAGAGUUUACAAAUGCUUGACAAUAUCAGUGAUAUUGACGAUGACGAGGAUGAGGACGAAGACGAGGGUAUAGAUGAUGUUGAUGAUUUCUCAUCAGAUCCUGCCAGUAGAAAGGGCUCUGGUGGGACUAAUAGAAAUUCAGCUGGAAGUAGCCGUGGAUCUGCUGGUAGUCGAACAAAAAUAAAAAAUGGUGAUGUCAUCAUAAAUACAGCCCAGCAGGAAAAGCAGCUGGUUGGGCCUCAGUAUCGGAUGACGUUUGCUGAGAAAGAUAAGUUAAAGAGAAAGACAAAGCAAAUAAAAAAGGAAGAAAAGAUAAAGGAGAAAGAAGCAGCUAAGUCUAGAUCAGUGUGGAAUUUAGAUAAUGAAAUUUGCACUGAACAGGAACUCAGUUUUAGGGUACAUCAUGGCCUGAUAAAAAUCUCUGGCCUUGGAAUAUCACAGUAUACGCAUGUGUUCUCAGACUCUCCAGUAUUCUGUCUGUCUCUGAUGGGCUAA